AUGAGAAAUUUGCUGCCAAGGGUAAGACUGGUACGACAGCAUAAGCAUGGAACACAGCUUUACAGCACAGGGACCUCUGUGGAAGGAUUUUCAGACGAUGCAAGGCCGAUACUUCAAAAUGCAAGGGCUGAGGAGCCGCGGCUAAAUCCAGUAGGUAUCCAGUAUUUGUCGAGUUCACUGCAUCGGCAAUUGUUUGGAUCUAGGGAGUUCACAAAAGCAAAUGCUAUAAGAAAAGACGCUAGGGAUGAGUUGGUUGCUUUAUCGAAACAGCAUUUGAAAGUCCAUGGGUUGUUGGGUUCGAAGACUAAUAUAACGGAGCCGAUUAGUUUUGAUUUGCCAGCACUGCAAGGUUCAAGUUUGGAUGAGCAUUUCCAGAGAUUGGGGUCUUUUGUUUCAGCUCCGUAUUUGUCGAUGUGUGAGUCUAAGUUUAGAGAUGUGGUGCCGAGGCCCGAUAAAUGGCUCAGAGAACCAGGUUGGUAUUGUUAUGAGCCAGAGAAGCAGCCAAGGAAGGUGGACUACCCAUUAGAGGAUACUGUUGUCUUUGAUGUGGAGUGUUUGUACAAUAUAUCUCAUUAUCCGACAUUAGCAAUUGCGUUAACAGAAAAGGCGUGGUAUUGUUGGUGUUCUCCGUAUAUAUGUGGUAGUGAUGACCCUGUCCAUUUAAUACCGAUGAACACACUAAGCACCCCCAAAGUCAUAAUUGGACAUAAUGUUGGUUACGACCGUUCGAAAGUGUUGGAAGAAUAUAAUAUAGAACCUUCGAAAGCUUUCUAUGUGGAUACAAUGUCCUUACAUAUUUCAUCAUCAGGAAUGUGUUCUAGACAAAAACCUAAGUUCAUGGAACUAAAGAAAAUUUUAAAGGAUCAAGAGGUAGACUUGAGUAUCUUUCAAAAUGAAGUUCUCACUGAAGACACAUUCGAUCCCUAUGCAGAUUUCAAAUGGGCUCGAUAUUCUACUAUGAAUUCUUUAAAGGACGUUGCAAAACUACAUUGUGGGAUAACUAUGGAUAAAACGGUUAAGGAGCAUUUUAGCUCAUUGGACAAGCAAGAAAUAAUAGACUCCUUUCAGCUUGUGACUGACUACUGUGCAUCAGAUGUAUAUGCUACGAGUAAAGUGUUUGAUAAAAUUUUCCCUAAAUUUCGAGAAAAAUGUCCACAUCCAGUUUCCUUUGGAGCCCUCAGAUUUUUAUCCAAUUGUAUUUUGCCUGUGAAACCUACUAAAUGGAAAGGUUAUAUUGACAAUGCAGAGAGCUUAUACCAGCAAUCUAAAAAAGCCAUUGAGGAUAAAAUUGUGGAGAUUGUGGAACUUACAGUUCAGUUGAAAGAUGAUAUGGAAAAGGCGAAGGAUGAUCCGUGGUAUAGUCAACUGGAUUGGGAAAUUGAGCCAGUAAAACUAACUAAAAAUGGUUUGCCUGUUAAAAAUCAAAAGCUUCCAGGUUAUCCUAAUUGGUAUAGAUCUCUUUAUCUAAAUAAAGAUGCAACUAGACCCAAUAUUACAAUAAGAUCGCGCCUUAUUCCUAUAUUUUUUAAAUUAACAUGGGAAGGGUUUCCAGUUAUUUGGACAAAACCGUUUGGUUGGUGCUUCGAAGUCCCAAAUGAACAAGCCCAGAUAUUCUUUGAUAAAAACUAUUUGAUGGCAGACCCUAAUGAGUAUGAGUCAAGAGAUGGCUGGACUCUUCUUAGAAUUCCUCACCCUAAUGGCCCAGAUUUCAAUUGUACAAACCUAUUGUCUAAACCCUAUCUUCAUUUCAUGGAAAAGGGUAUUUUGCAAUCGCAGUAUCCUUUGGCUCGUGAAGCAUUAAAAAUAAACUCUUCUGGUGCCUAUUGGACGGCGUCAAGAGAUAGAAUUAUGGGUCAGCAUGUUGUUUCAAAAGCAGAAUUCCCGAAUCAGUUUAAAAUGUUUGACGGUAGUCCGACUAAUUCAGUGGAUUUUGGGGCUAUUAUUCCUAGAGUUAUUCCUAUGGGUACUGUGACUAGAAGAGCAGUUGAAAAUACCUGGUUAACGGCCUCCAAUGCUAAGAAGAACCGAAUUGGAUCUGAAUUGAAAACGAAAGUCAUUGCACCUGAAGGAUAUAGCUUCGUAGGUGCAGAUGUUGAUAGUGAAGAAUUAUGGAUUGCUUCCCUUGUUGGUGACUCCGUCUUCAACAUUCAUGGUGGUACUGCUAUAGGUUGGAUGUGCCUUGAGGGUACAAAAAGCGCAGGUACUGAUAUGCAUACGAAAACUGCUAACAUUUUAGGAUGUUCUAGAGAUGAGGCCAAGAUUUUUAAUUAUGGGAGGAUAUAUGGAGCGGGUGUUAGGUUUGCGACACAAAUGUUGAAAAAGUUUAAUCCAUCUUUGACUGCGAUAGAAGCCAAAGAAACGGCUGAAAAAUUAUAUGAAAGUACCAAAGGUUUAGCAUGGAGGUCUUCAAAAUUUCCAAAAUUCUGGUACGGUGGAUCUGAAUCACUUGUCUUUAAUAGGUUAGAACUUAUUGCCCAACAGGAUGAGCCGCUGACCCCAGUUUUGGGUGCUGGUAUUACCUCUUCUCUUAUUAAGAAAAACCUAUUCAAGAACACUUAUUUAACCUCCAGAAUUAACUGGACUAUUCAAUCUUCAGGUGUUGACUACUUACAUUUGUUGUUCUGUUCUAUGCAUUACUUAAUUAUAAAGUAUAAAUUGAAGGCGCGCUUGUGCAUAUCCAUUCAUGACGAAUUGAGAUUCCUUGUUGCAGAUGAACAUAAAUAUAAGGCGGCCAUGGCGUUACAAAUUGCAAAUUUGUGGACAAGAGCUGUAUUUUGCGAGCAAAUGGGAAUUGAAGAUUUACCGCAAGGCUGUGCUUUCUUCUCCUCAGUAGAUAUUGACAAAGUUUUAAGAAAGGAGGUUGACAUGGAUUGUAUUACACCAUCUAAUAACACACCUAUUCCUCAUGGUGAGUCAUUGAACAUAACCCAACUUUUGAAACUAGAUGAUGCGAAGUUAACAGAUUCUGAAGAAGUUGAUCUGACCAAAUAUCCAUUCAAACCUAGAGUUCCUGUACUUGCACGUUAUAAUAGUAACUAUUCCGAAGAUUUUUUGAGCUAUUUUUUAAAGAUGCAAGUUCAAACUACCAACUGGAGAGUCUCUCAACUAGAAGAUUCUUAUCUUGAACAAGACUUUAAAGACACAGUAAACAAGGUAAAUGCAAAGGGGUCCAACCGCAAACAUCAUCUUAAUGGAAAUGGGAAGAAAGGUACUAAGAAAGGUGUAAAGAAAGCUUCAAAGAAAGGUGCAAAAAAAGGUGGAAGCGAAGAAAAGAUUAAUAACAUAGUUAACGAGGCAGCUCAGCCCAGGUAUGUUGACUUAUCCUCAGUUGAUACAAAAUCGGAAUUUUUGGAAGAUAGCCUCCAGAAUGAUGAAAAUAACACUGUCAUGCCUCGGAAUGAAUUGACUACAGUUCUCCAAGAACAGGAGAAUAAUAUAGAAAGGAAAGACGUUAAAAAAAAAUGGAGGAGGGGUUUGCCUCGAGGUAAGAAACCAUUAUAUGCUUUCAAAUCAAUUAUGUCCCGAGUUAAUGAGGGUAUAAAAAAAACAAAAAAGACUUUUCCACUGUAA